CGCGACGGUUUCUCUCUCCACGGCAACCGGAGCACCAUGUUGGCGGCGACGUUCUCGUUACCUCCCCCCGUAGCUUCUCCGUCGUCUCUAUUAAAUCGGAGAAACCCUAAGUUUACGAGGAUCCAUGCUUCUCUCUCCAAUUACCCUCUCGCCAGCAAAAUUAUGGUCAAAAAUCUACCGUUUGCUACUAGUGAACAUUUUCUGCAGAAGGAAUUCUCAGCCUUUGGAGAGAUAGCUGAAGUUAAGGUUGUCAAGGAUGGAUCCACGAAGAGAUCAAAAGGAUAUGCAUUUAUUCAAUACAAAUGUCAAGAUGAUGCAAUGCUAGCCUUGGAAACCAUGGAUCGUCAGGUUUACAAUGGUAGGGUGAUUUAUGUCGACAUCGCAAAACCAGGGAAGGAUGAUUUCAGAGGAUACCCAAGAACCUCAGGACCCCCUGAGAAGCGUCAACCCCCAGAAGAAGCGAGUGAUGAGUUGGCAGAUUGCUGGUAUUAACCGAUACCAAGGUUAAAGAUCGCAUUCAACAUGGCCCAAGCAGCCAUUGCUGGUUAGAAGAUCAGACUUACUCCCGUUGGAGAUGACGGGCUCAUCUAAUAUACAAGUGAAGAUAAAUUAUGAAGAUCAAGAGGUUAGCUUUCUGGUUUAUAUCUCAGUUUUUGUUUAAACUACAAACCAAACAUAAUUGCAAUGUAGCAUGAGAGAAUCACUUUCUCUGUGAAAGAUUUUACUGAUAAACAAUCA